AUGGAACUUUUGGAUUAUUACAGUAAAGAAGAAAACUUUACGCAGAGUACUAUUACUGAUGCGUAUGGAAAUGAUCACUUAGAAAAGAUUGGUCAGAUACUCAUGAAAUCAGAAGAAAAUUCCGAAAAUCAAAAUAAUUCCGAUAUAAAACAAACUUAUUUUAAAGCAAUGACGAUCAUGCAUAAAUUCCUAAUUGCUGAUGGUCAUACUGGCAGUAUAUUUCUGAAAAAAUUAACAUCAAUCAACAUUUUUCUUAAAAAUAUUGACUCUUAUAAUAUUGAAACAAUCGAAAUGUGUUUAGAAAUACUGGCUUUAAUAGCUUCUCGGUUUUCAACACAAAAUAAGAAUUUUUACAAAGAUAUUAGUUUAAAUUUGUUUCUUGAUGCCAUAUUUUCUACAGGAUCAUUAAAUCAAUUAAGCGAGGCUUCUAUUGGAUACGCAUACAGAUUUUUGUAUUAUCUUAGUAAACUAGAUUUAAAAUGCCACCAAGUAAUUAUUGAUCAUAAAAUUAUACCUUACCUAACCAUCAAGAAUGAAAAAGAUCACAUAACUUACGUUCAAUGGCAAAUAGAUCUUUAUUUCAAUAUUAUAAGCGACCAUCAACAGCAAUCAGACCCUAAUCCUCUAGUAGGACUACGAAAAAUUGCGUAUUAUCUUCAACCAGUGAUUAUUCGUCAUUUUACUUCGGAUUUAUUACCAAAAUACAAACAAUAUUAUAAAAAGCUCAUUUCCCUUUUAUCAUGGGUCUCAGGAUACGUUCCACUUAAGUGGGAACCCAUUUACACUCAAAAAUUAAAUUCAAUAAUCGAAAAUCAAGACGUAAAAAGCGUUUUGCUCCCUCUUUUACGCAAUAUGUAUGAUCCAGAAGUUAUUAUAAACACAAAAUUUGCAGAAAAUAUACCUGUUCAGCCAAAUGAACGUCUUGAAUUAAAAAGAAAGAUAUUUCAGAUGCCAGAGCAACGUAAGAUCAUUAAUACAUUAGAUGACAUUCAGAAACUCAAUCAGCAAGAUCUAAAUUACGAUAUUAUUAUUCAGAUGACAAAAUUUUUCAAGAAAAAUAUUUACAAAAACGAUAAAUCACUGAAUUUUGACCGGAUAAAAACAUUUAUUCAGACGUUAAUUCAAAAUUUUGUAGAAUUUGCAAAAUUAGAGUCAAAACUUGCUCUGAUUGAUCUGAAUGAAAACCUAUCUUUCUCUUUAUAUGUGAAUAACAAUCGCCGUAGAUUUCCAUUGACUUUGGAUUGCGGCGCAAUUAUUAUUGAUCAACUUCUCAGCAAAAACAAGAUUUCCUUUGAAAAACUUGAAGAAAAAUUUAAAGAAAAAAAGUUAGACUCUAUUGCCAAAUUCCCAAGCUUUCACGAUUUUGAAGAAAAAAUUAAAUUUUUAUCUCUUUCAAAGAUUUCAGGGGUAUUGUACAAUGUAAUGGAAUAUAAGCUUGUACUAUAUGAUUAUAACAACAAAGAAUGUGAAUUUGCAAUGUCGGAUUCGUUUUACAAAGCAAUAAUCUCAACUUGCAGGCAAUCCCAUAAUGCACUUAAUAAUAGUGUAUACUGUAUCACAAGACAUGGUGCAUGCGAGCCAAUGCAACUGAAAAUUCCAAAAAAUAUUUUUGAUGACCAAUUAUCUUUGAAAAUUAUCGAACUUGCUGAAGCUUUUUAUCGUUCAACUGGUAUACCUGUCGUUGUCCCUUCGAUUGAUAGAAGAUGUUUCAUGUCUUUGCAAUACAUUUUAUCAUCUUAUUGUUUUGAGUCACCGGAGAGCCGUGCAAUAUAUCAUUAUCCAUUCUUGUUCUCGUUGAAAACCAGAUUAGCAAUGUUGAAGAGCGUUUUCAUGAGUGUUGGAGAUUAUAUUGAUUUUUAUUCUUCAAACUUCCUUAAUUCGUCUGGAUCGAACUCCCGCGAGAUAAGGAUUACUAUUAAGCCCAAUAGAGACCAUAUCUAUGAGGAUGGACUCAAGAUUCUUCGAACAUUCGGCCAAGGAACACAUAGAUGGGAUACUGAACUAGACAGUGCAAUUGGAUCUGGUCCAACACAUGAGUUCAUGCAGAUUUUGGCCAAAGAAUUCGCUUCCGAUAAGAAAAUGUGGUCAGAAAACCAAGAAUUCGGACUUUUCCCAUGCCGAGAUGCCAAAGAGAACUUCUAUGAGUUUGGAAUAUUCAUUGCCCGCGUUCUCCUCCUCGAAUGCCUCGUAGAUAUCCCACUCAGCCCUGCAUUUUACAAAUUAAUCCAAUUAGAAUACGUAGACAUUCAAGAAGUAGACACACAAAUAGCUAAUUCGUUAUCUGUGAAAGAAAACUUGAUUGGCCUUAACUUCGAUAUGUUUGAUGGAGAAGAUAUUGAAGUAAAUGAAGAAAAUGUCGAUGAAUUCAUUGAAAUUGGAAGAAAUAUGUCAAGCGCAGCAUCCGAUGCAAUGAAAGAAUUUAGAAGAGGCUUCAGAACAGUCAUUCCUGCUGAAGCUCUUUCACUUUUCACUCCAACCGAAUUAAGUCAAUUAAUUACAGGCGAAAUGACGAAAAUUACCGUUAAAGAAUUUGAAAAUAACGUUAAUUUAACCAAGUACGCAACCCCAACAAUGAGAACAAUGCUUGCAGAAAUUGUUUCGGAAUUUGAUCCAGAAACUCUUUCAAAAUUCUUGUACUUUACAACAGGAUCGGCCAAACUUCCUGUUGGAGGACUUGCUGCUCUAACUCCUAAGUUGGAAUUGCAACUGAAGAAAGAAGAAAAUGAAGAAGUUUUGCCAACUGUUUCUACUUGCGCAAAACUUCUUAAGAUGCCACAGUAUUCAUCAAAGGAAAAGAUGAAAGAGAAACUCCUCAAGGCAUUGGACUACUGCGGUGAAUAUUUCGGAUUUUCAUAA